GUAAUGUAAAAAUAUGUUAUUUAGUUUUACACUCAAUGUUUUUAUAAAAUUCAUAAGAAUAACAUCUUCAUUAAAUUAUUACAAAUCAAAAGAUAGAAUACUGAAUGAUUGGUUAUUUUUCAGAUAAACACCAUUUCAUAAUCAUUAAAAAUAAUUACUGAAUAAUUAGUAAAUGCAGAAACGUGGACCAAUGUGGCUCAAAAAAGAAACGAGAGCAAUGCUUAAUAUCAUAAAAGAUAAUAAUCUACUGAAACGUUCUCUAUCAGACUCUGAAUUAGUGCAAAUAUUGGUGAAAUUAAUGAAAGAAAGGGGUUAUGAAAGGACACCAUUGCAAAUUAGAAUGAAGUUAAAAACAUUAGAAAGAAACUAUUUUUUAUGUAAAAGAAGAACGUUUGAUACAGCGGCGUUAAAACAAUUUUCUCACUACAAUAUUUUAAAUGAACUUUAUUCUAGAAAAAGAAAAAGAGACAAUGAAGAAUCAGAUGGUGGUAUAAUUUCUGAUUAUAAUGAUGACAAUUCAAAUAUUUGGCUUGCUGAAGAAAUUCAAAAAAUGAUGUCUAUAAUAGAAGAAAGUAAUUUAGCAUCGGAUUUAUCAGAUGGCUUUACUCUUUUUGCUUUAAGAAUUAUUAGUGAAGAAUUGAUGAAGGCUGGAUACGAGAAAGAUGUCGAACAAGUUGAGACUGCAUUGACGAGUCUCAAAAUGACAUACAGAAAGACUCAAGAAGCUUUAAAGAAUGAUAUUGAUACAGAGGUUUGUCCGUAUUUUGAUUCUCUACAAAAAAUAUGGGGUACUGAUACUCGAAUGGAGAAUAGAAAUAAUAAUUUAAUUAUGGAAGAUAUGUCAGAAUCAGAAAAAAUUUCACCUGAUAAUAGUCAAAUGCUAGUUGAUACUUCUAAAUCUGAUGACGAACAUAUUGAAAAAAGGAACGGGCAUCUAAGUGGUUCUGUUAGUUCAAUUAAUUUAAAAAAUGGUGAUUCACUGUGUUCAAAAUGGUCGGAAGAUGAAACAUUAGCGUUAUUGUCAGUGAUUGAAGAAACAGAUGUAUUCGAUGAUUUUAUACACAAUCUAUCAACUUCAACAACUACUAAAUUGAUGGAAGCAUUUAAUAAAAGAGGGUAUAAUCGUACUGUUGAAGAUGUAACAAAAAAAUUGAGAUAUCUACGAGAUACCUAUUUAAGAAGUCUCUUGAAUGGCUCAAAUAAAAGUGAGAAUUCGCAAUACAAUAACAAAAUUGACAAUAUGAUAGUUAUUAAAAAAGUAAACGUUGAUAAAGCAUUACAGAAUUUUGAUACAGAAUAUAAUAUUGAUCAUAAAAUUCGCAGUGAUCAUAAUUACAUGAGCCUUGCAAAAAAGAAAUUACAUGAAAAACUGGGCUUGACACCUAGCGAAUAUAGUGGAGAUAAUGAAUUUCAACCUGAUCCAUACGAUUCUGAUGUUAAAAUAGUUGAAGAAAUACGUCCAGCACAAGAAAAUAUAAAGAAAAAUCAUUUUCAAAAUAACGUUUCAAGUUCAACUGAAAAUAAUGCAUCUUCUAAACAAAAAACUAAUUUUCUUAUUACAACGCCAAUUCUUAUAGCAAAACCUAUACAUCCGAGUGAAAUAGAUUCAAAAGAUAAGAUUAAAACAUCACCAGGUAUAUAUAAUGAAAAUUCUAAUAAUUUUCUAAAAAUGAUGGCUGCUCCUUUACCAACCAAGUUGAUUAAACUUGUAAAUCGUGAUUCAGGAGUUAUUGUGGAACGGAUAUCGUCUUCACAACCACCAGGAUUAGUUUUUAUCCCACCAAUUACUACUAGUGCAACCACACAAAAUGUCAACUGUACGCCACAAACUACUAUUGCUAGCUCAGCUGCAUCUAGUUCACAAAAAACAACUACAAAGCCACAAACAAUACCUCUAAAGACUAAAAUUAAUAUACCUAUUAUUCAUAAUCCUCAAAAAGUUGCUAUUCCAAUAGCAGAAUAUAGUACAAAAACCAUACCGAUUACAAAUGCUAUACCUGUUAAUUCUGAAACAUCUAAAUCUACGCUUGAGUCAAUUUUUAAACAUGAAGAACAGUUACAGCAACAACAUCAAAAGUGGAUGGAACAGCAAUUUGAGAUCCAAAGAAAAUAUGAUCGUGAUCAGCGGGCAGUUUUAUUGCAUGAAUUACGAGAACUCAAAAAAGUGUUUAUCCAGGCAAUAGCCAAAAAUAAUUUUAUUUCUAAUUCAAAAAGUUAAAAUUGUAUUUAAGUUAGAUAUAUAAGAAAAUUUUUCAGUAGUGUGCAUCGGAUAAGAAACAAGGCUGUACAAGAAUAAAGUUUAAAAAAAAUAUCCUAGAUAUAUUUGUGACAAAAACUAAUGGAAGAUAAAAUAGAUUUCUAUUUCUACUAAUAAAAAAUUUUAUAUUAAUUAUUAAUUAAUUACCUUAAAUUAUAAGAAUUACUUUUAAAUAUAUGUUCAUCAUUUUAUUAUUUAUAUUACUCCAAAUUUCAUCUAAUUGCAUUCGUUUAAAUUAUUAUUUUAUUUUUUUCUAAGUUGUGCUAAUACAAAUGUACAUUCAAUA